AUGGCUGCCUUGUGGAGAGACAGACACCGGUGGAAAAGGACUAAUUGCUUGUAUGUUUUGACAAGAAACCUGACAGGGAAAUAUGACUAUGACCUGGUGGUGAUUGGUGGUGGCUCAGGGGGACUUGCCUGCUCCAAAGAAGCGGCACAGCUGGGACAGAAAGUUGCUGUUUUAGAUUAUGUGGAGCCAUCUGCAAAAGGUACCAAGUGGGGCCUGGGUGGCACAUGUGUUAAUGUUGGCUGCAUUCCUAAGAAGCUCAUGCAUCAGGCUGCUUUACUUGGCACCGCAGUCAAGGAUGCUAGGAAGUACGGCUGGCAGAUCUCAGGGCCGGUUUCCCAUGACUGGUCCACCAUGGCAGAGGCCGUUCAGAACCACGUCAGGUCUCUGAACUGGGGUCACAGAGUUCAGCUCCAGGACAAGAAGGUGAAGUAUGUGAACAUCAAAGGAAGCCUGAUGGAUGAACACACUGUUAAAGGACUAACCAAAGCAGGAAAAGAGAUGAUCCUCACUGCCAAGAACAUCGUAAUCGCCACAGGUGGACGGCCUAAAUACCCCACAAGUAUCCCGGGAGCGAUGGAGCACGGCCUCACCAGUGACGACAUAUUCUGGCUGAAAAAAUCGCCUGGAAAAACACUGGUGGUUGGAGCCAGCUAUGUGGCUCUGGAGUGUGCAGGGUUCCUCACAGGCAUCGGUUUGGACACCACAGUGAUGGUUCGCAGCAUCGCCCUCCGGGGGUUUGAUCAGCAAAUAGCAGGUCUAGUGACGGACUACAUGGAAAAUUAUGGGACCAAGUUUGCAUGGAAGUGUGUCCCGAAGAGGGUGGACAAACUCUCCUCAGGAGCCUUACAGGUGACCUGGACCGACACCCAGACAGGCAGCGAGCACAAGGACACCUACGACUCUGUGUUAUGGGCAGUUGGUAGAGCCCCUGAAACCAAAGCCCUGGGCCUCAACAAGCUGGGCGUGCAACUCAACAAGGAGACGGGCAAAAUAGUUUUGGGUGCUGACGAAUCCACGUCGGUGCCAAACAUCUAUGCUUUCGGUGACAUUGGUGAGGGUCGUCCUGAGUUGACCCCAACGGCCAUUAAAGCAGGAAAGCUUCUUGCCCGCAGACUGGCUGGUCAGAGCACUGAGCUCAUGAACUACGACAAUGUGCCUACCACAGUAUUCACCCCUCUCGAGUAUGGCUGUGUAGGUCUGUCUGAGGAGGAGGCUGAGAAGAGGCAUGGAAAAGACGGCAUAGAGGUCUACCACGCUUUCUACAAGCCUCUGGAAUUCACUGUUGCCGAGCGUGACGCCAGCCAGUGUUACAUUAAGGUAGUGUGUGAGCGGGACGGAGAUCAGAAGAUCCUGGGUCUGCACUUCACUGGUCCAAAUGCUGGAGAAGUCACACAGGGCUUUGCUAUGGGUUUCCAGUGCGGAGCAACAUAUUCCCACCUGUUGAAUACAGUAGGCAUCCACCCAACCUGUGCUGAGGAGGUGGUCAAGGUCAACAUCACAAAGCGCUCUGGCUUGGACGCCACGGUCACCGGCUGCUGAGGUUAAGCGCCUCGGUCUCUGACUAUUAGUGAGCACACAAGGUCCCUGAAAGACAGCAGAAAGAAGUUAGCCUGCUCUUUCUCCUUGUCCCUCUCCCUCUCUAAUAUGGCCCCAAAAUGGCCCCCAGUUUCAUAGUGCUUUCUGAGGUUUUUGAACCACAUCCUGUGUAGCAGGGUCUCGUCUCAGGUUAAUCAUGAAAGUAAUCACUGGCUGCCCAGGGUUAGUUUCACUGACAUGUCAUGUGAUGACCAAGACUAUGGUUAUCCCAUAUACAUGCAUGUUGUGUGUAUACUUUAAAAGCACAUGGCUACAGAUCAGGUCAGUGAGAGCCCCGGCCGCAGUUAGCUUCUUUUAAAUAAACAGGCUCAUCAAUCAGGAUUAAGGCCUGCGCUCAGGGUUUUGUUGAAACCGUACGAGAAACGUGGACAGAGCCCUAACAUUUUUCUGAAUAUAUAUUCUGCAAAUAUUGUUGUUUCUCUGGCUGUACUUCCUGUCCAUUAGUCUUGGAAGUGACACAUACCAUACACCCCCACACCCCCCACCCCCCCAUGACACUGAUGGAUGGCCCCAGAGCCGUCGCCACAGCGACACCGCCCCAUUUCCCAUGGACACACACAAACAGUCGGCAGGCUGCCUGUCAGUCAGACAGCCAGCUAAGACCUGAACUGUGGAGCCACGGCUUGUUUAGUGCCCAGCAGAGUCCGGCAGACCCCAGACCCCUUUCUCUUCCUCCCAUGCCCUUCUCCUUCCCAAUUCAUGAUGGAAUGUAGUUGGACCACAAACAUGUGCUGUCAAAAGCUGUGUGGAUGCCACAGCCCAGGCACAGAGAAACCCUAUCUCUUGGUAAAAGUACUAUGAGAGCUCUGUUACAGCUGUACUACUCAGCCUCACCCAAAGGUGGCACUGUUGCCUUCCAAUUCUCUUCUUUUUUGCUGAGCCAAGAGUGGAAGGCAGGACAAAGUAGUCACUGGAUAAAACAUAAGCCUGAAUACAUUCAGGUUGCACACUUAAUCCUUUUAAUCCCUAUAAAAGAUAUGUGUUUUUGGAUGAAGCUGGAAAGCAGACUGGCUUUAUUGGGGCCAAACUGAUAAGGGUUAUCUGUUGUGUAUUUACAUGGAUGGCAGGUUAGGCCUCAAGAGUCAUCACUAUCAAAGAUAAGGCAAGAUGUUUAUAUGAGUGAAGCAGUAAUAGAGCCCCACAGUUUGCCACAGUGCUCAAAUGUUCAACCAGCUGCCCCUACUGCACAUCUUGGGUUUAUUAAGUAGAGGAGGAGGAGGACUGUCAAUAAAGAUGGUUGCUACAGAAAUCGGGGUAACUAAGAGGAGGUUGGUGGUUGUAGUUUAUUUUUAUUUGAAGUCUAAUCUGCCCAGUCUGAUUAAUGAUUUCGAUGAAGGGAGUGACAGCGUGCCAGGAGAUGGAGAGAGGAAAAAGAGAGAGAGCUACCAGGUUUAUUUGGACCUGGGCUGGAGGAGAGAGCUGCGUUUCAGCCCUGGUUAGGGAGGGAAGGGGGAUUCCUGUGUGCUCUAUUCAGGGCCGAGGUGCUGACUGAAGGACCCUGACCUCCUCUCAGCAGGAACAGCUUGACUCUAUCACUCGGAGCACAGAGGGCUCACAUGCUGCACAGCAGGGACCCGGGGGGCUCGGGUUGAGGGGGGCAUAGGAUGGCCAGGGGACGGACAGAACCAACCAACCAGCCAACCAACACAACACCAAGCGGUAGCGGCGUGUUUGCCCAGGGUAAUUGAGUCUAUGUUCCUGAGCUUAACGAGCCACUUCAGAGACCCCAGGGUGGGCCCAAGGCAACGUGAGGGAAGUCAUUGAGGCCGUCAGUGGAACUGUAAUGUCUGUUUGCUUUUUACCCUCCACUUCCCUUCUGCUUUGUCUCAUCUACUCUGUUAUUUUGUACACAGUACGGCUGCUCACACGCACAAAGUGAAAUAGUAUUUAAUUUUUUUAUGACAUAUCUGUCUAAUCUGAAAUAUUUCUUUUAAUUGUUGUUGAUCAGUUACUCCAGGCCCAAGACUUAUCCACCACGGAGCCUCACCUGUGUCCCAGUGGGGGUCAGGGUUCAGCUUUCAGGUCAGCCAGCUAAUGAUGACCUGCACUAAAACCCAAAACUGGGGAGUGCAGGCCUGAUGUCACCUGGCUGCCAACUUUAGUGGUUGUAAAUAGAGAAGUGUAAUUUUCCAUUAAAGCUUUGUAAUAAAUAAUUUAUAUGUAAAGUAAUAACAUGUUGGAAUACACUGUCACCAUUAAAGAAAUG